GGUAGGGUGGCGGGGCCGAGGCCCCUGAGCGCGGCGGAGCGCGCCCCUCGGGGUGCGGCGUGCGGCCAGCGCCGUCCCUGCCGUGGGUGGGCGCCUGCUCCCUGGCGCCGCCCGACCCCGCGCCGUUCCGCGGGCGCAGAUGUUAACGGAGGAGCCCAUUACCACGUGUCUCUCUCCGCCAGUGUAUGAUAUGAUCUGUAAACUUGGGUUUGAAGUCAGAGACAGUUGCGACAUCUGUAGUGUUGUAACUCAAAAUGGUGACGUUUGUUGGAAGACAAUUACAGACUGUGUGGUUUACACAGAGUCAGCGCAGGGUCUGGAUUACGGGGGAAGCGUGAGGCUGCUGGGCCCUGUGUGUGAGGCCGUCCACUUGCAUCUGUCAUCCCUGACCAAGGAGCAGUUUGAAAUUCGAUAUGCCCCGUGGCUGCAGUGGACAGGUGCUCCAGAGUUGUUUCCUGAAGUGUUUGCUGCUUUGGGAAGUCUUCAGCCUCCCGCCGUUUCUCUCAGCUUAAUGAAGCUGACGUCGUGCCUGGAACGGGCCCUGGGCGAUGUACAUUUACUGACUGGGAAGGAGUGCCCUUUCCUCUUAAGAGAUCUGCUUGCAUCGGAUGAGCUCGCUCAGGUCUUUGGGCCGGCUGUGAUGGAUGUCCUGAGGGUCUUCCUCGGCUCCCCGCGUGGACUCAACCUUCGCAACGUCCUGUGGCACGGCUUUGCUGCACCGCACGAGAUUCCGCCAAAGUACUGUUCAACGGUGCUACUGUUGGCAGCAGGACUGGGUCAGCUCCUCAAGGGUUACCUUCAACAAACUCACCUUACACUGGCGCAUCGACCCUUCACGGCUCUCGCAAACCUAGAGGAUUUGGUCGUUUUCCCUGAUGUUACUUGUGAGAUACUUUCAGCAUUAGAGGAAGUGAUGAAGAAAUCCACUUUUAUACUAAAAAUCAUGUUGCCGUAUUGGGAAGUUGCAUUAAUCAAGUUCAAGUCUCACAGGUUUGCUGACUGUGCCAUGUUGUUAUUGAUGCAGCUGGAGACUGGACUUAGGAACGUUUUUGCCUCAGUUAACAAAAGUCCGAAGAGACUUCUGACCGCAGAGUCAACAGCUCUUUAUACUACCUUUGAUGAAAUACUGGCAAAACACUUAAAUGAUGGUCAAAUCAAUCAGCUUCCGCUUUUGCUUGGAGAGCCAGCCAUGGAGUUUCUCUGGGAUUUCCUGAACUAUCCAGAGGGCCCCCGUGUACGAGAUCGUUUAAGCCAUGGAGAGAUCCAUUUGCCGGAAUUUCCAAAGGCAGCAACCAAUCAAUUGCUUGCAUUUUCUUUUGUGCUUUUACUCAGAUUCAUUGAUGAGGAUUUAUUAUCAGUUUUUAAGGAAAAAGCAGCGGUGGAGGCUCUGAUUAGUCUCGCGGACGGCUACACUGCUCGUUGUCACCCGGUUUCUCAGCUUAAGAGACAGGUGCUGAGCUGUGAGGAGAGCCUCAGACUUUGGCCUCUGCUGCCUUUGCCUGAAGGUGCAGGGAGGGAGGCCCCCCGACCAGAAGGUGACUCUGAAACAACUGCCUGCAGCUCUUUAAUGACAGACAUCGUGACUGAGCUGUGUGGCCAUGUGCCCGAGACCCACCGCAGUCCCCGUGGCCCCGACGGCCUUGCUCCUGAGCAGUGGCCCCAGCUGCUCCGGGACCUCUGCCAUGUCCGGGUCCGGACUCUCUUCUGCCCCAGGGCCGCCCUGGAGGUGCUGUCCCUGCUCCGGAGGAUCAGCGCCAGCUGCCACCUCGUGUCGGGCCAGGUGGCCACCUCGGCGGAGCUGUGGCGCCGGCAGUGGGAGGACAGGGCCCUGCGCUCCCGGCAGAGGCAGACCUACUUGCGCCUGACACGCAGUAUUAAGCUUCUGUCUCCCAUGCUUUACCUGAUUUUAUUGCUGGUGGCACUGGAACGGGUCAACAUUCACCUGGUUCAUGGGAAAAAUACUUUCGAGUAUCAGCAGUAUCUGAGGUUCUUAAAGUCUGUCUUGCGGUAUACAGAGAACCUGGCAACUUACACCAGCCAAGAGAAGAAUAAGUGGGGUGAAACUGUUGAUCUCACACACGCAGCCUUGUUGAAAAUUUGGACUUUUAGUGAGAAGAAACAAAUGCUAAUGCACUUAGCCAAGAAGUCCACCAGCAAAGUGGUCUAAAAAGUCAGGCUGCUUUGGCCUCUGUCAGAAAACCCGGCUCAAGUGGACUUUUUGGCACCUGAGUUGAAAAGCCAAAGGCAGGUAGCUUCAGGUUCUCUUUGAUCAAGGCGCAAGGUCCAGUGCGCUACAGUUUUCCGAUUUGCUUCUCCUGAGUUGUUGGUGUGAACCUCAAGCUGGAUCCCCGGGAACCCAGUGGCCACAGUGGUUUGGGGCCUUAUUUCCCCAGUGCACACUGUCCAGAGGGGAGUUUCUUUUCACUCAGCUCUUCUCCUGAAAUGGAUGGCUUCCUCUUACGGCCACAGGCCUGGUCUUGAAACAAUGGCUGUGGCCAGGACCCACCCUGCACUCACUGCCCGGGCUGUGUGGAAUGUCCACUUGUCUGGAGCUGGGAGGAAGCUGAUGUGACCCAGGUCUUGGGCGGGGCCAGUGGGGGGAGGUGGGGAGGGACCACUCCUAGAAGGGGCUGGCCAGCAGGCCUCCUGGUUAGCAGGUGUCCUGCGUCCAGGGCUGGCGGCUUUAGUACAGGACCUAGGAGGGCAGGGGGCCCAGGGCCGGGCUGCCGCCGCCCCGGACAGCCUAAAAAGCUGGUCAGUGCUCUCGGGAGUCCUGUGGGCGGCGCAGAGCCCAAGUCCGCCCUCUGUCCCUCAGCCGCCUCCAGGCCUUGUGGGAAGGAUGCCCCAGCACUUGUUUUGGCUCUUCUGCCAUCAGAGGUGAGGGUGGAGGCUGCCAUGGGAAUGCGAAGCUGAGGCGGUAGGUGUCAGGUUCCACCUGCCACCCCUUUUAAUGGAACCCCCACGUAAAGACAGAAAGAACCUCACGCUUCUGCCUGA